AUGCCUUUCAAAUUCGUGACGGUGUCGCAUCCCGAUCCGCUCAAGGACCGAAAGAAACAGGAAGGUAUCCGGCAGCAUGCCAUACGUAACAGCAUACAGCGUAGCCGAGUUGAUCGUAUAAAGCGGAGAGAUCUAUUUGUGCCUUUUGUAGCAAACGAAAAGCGACAGAAGCGGUUCCCAGUUGUCUUUACGAAAACAUCAUCUAUUGGAUUGACGGAUCCCUUCAACACGUUUUGCGCCUUUCCUGAAAGGCUGCGCAUCCUUUUGCGACAUCCAUCGGCGAAGCAAGCAGGUGAACCAGUCUUCUGUAUCGAAGAUUCGGGCAAGGUCUUCUUCCAGGGCAUGGACAACGUCCUCAAAGGCGCAUUGACGGGCCCCAUCCUGUUCUACGCCCUAUCGCUCGUCCUCACGCUUUCGGCUAACGCCAACGUUCCAAAUGUCGAGAUACUCACGUACCGCGGCAAGCUCCUCCAAGGCAUGCAAACCGCUAUGGUAGACCCUGGGUGGAAGCCAACGGCAUCUACUAUCACCGUUAUGCUUAUGCUCAUCGGAUAUGAUUAUCGCAUUGAGACCGGUGAUGCCGGCAGCAUCUUCACACAUAUACGCGGAGUACAGAUGAUGAUGAGCUUGUACCAAGCGGGGAACAUCGCCGUUGUUGCACAAAUGCAACGCGCCUUGUUCUGGCAGGAUCUGUUUGGUUGCUUUGUUCUGAAUACAAUGCGUUCGAUUUCGCACAAGAUGUAUGAUGGUUGGAAGAAUCCACGGCAUAUAGAUACCCAGCUCUGCUGUGCAACACCUAACGGAUUUUCUGGCAUGGUUGGAGAUUGGCUGAUAGAAUUCGCCAUCAUACUGGAAGACCUGGCUAUGCUUUGUAAAACCGUGGACGAACGUGCAAUUACAGGAGAUACGCCAUUUGUUGAUGAUACUCCAGCGAAUCUGGAGUCUCGGUUGGUAGACUUGCUUAGCACGUCUCGCCUUUCACAGUCAUUUGCGGAUCCCAUUUACGAAGCAUGUAUCUACGCGGUCUACCUAUGCUGCACAUCACCACGACUACAUCUUCCUCCACCAACAUCGUUCAGCAUGGCGAUCAUCUUGCGGGAAGUCUCCGAUACUGACAUCGCACGAGCUUGCGAAAUUGAGUCUCUUGCUUAUAAAGACAACCCUCUCAACCCGAUUCUCAACCCGGGCCCGUUUUUCCCUGGAGCGCUACAACAAAGGAUCCAGCAUAUCGUUGAGAUGAGGAACAACGACUCUACUGCACAUUACAUGCAGGCUUUCGACGAUGGAACUGGUCAGAUGGUGGCAUGGGCGAAAUGGCAUAUUUUCGAGACCACCGAGGCGGCGGCCGCCUCCUUCAAGCCUCUACGCUUCGGGCCUGGAAUGGAUCCGGAAGCAUGCAAGAUUUUCUUUGAAGGGAUGGCUGAGAGGCGGAAAGCUAUUAUGGCGGAUAAGCCAUACAUCUAUCUCCAACUGCUAUAUACGCACCCAGACUUUCAGGGUCGUGGCGCGGGAGGUCUCCUUUUAAACUGGGGUACACAGCGUGCCGAAAAACUUGGUCUUCCUAUCUAUCUGGCGUCCACUCCUGUCGGUCAUCGUUUCUACCGGAAGCAUGGGUUCAAGGAUGUCGAGGUCAUCCGGUUCGGUUUCACAAGUUCUUGUGGACCCAUCCAUGAACAGCCAUUGAUGUUGUGGGAACCUUCAAGGCCGUGA